AUGCAGAGCAUUAAAUACUGGUUGGCGGAGCACCCCUGCAUAGUAAGAUUCCGAUGGAGCCACAGCCAAUCAUGGGGCUCCACAUGGUCGUUUCUAUUCACCUCCAUCGCCGCAUACAUCGCCACUGCCGCCUUCCUCCAUCUCUUUCUCCUACUCAUCCGCCGCCGCCGCCCCGUCCCUUUGGGCCCUAUCCCGGCUCUCCACAGCCUCGCCAUGGCUUUAAUAUCGGUUCUCAUCUUCGUCGGAAUACUCUUCUCCGCGGCCGCCGAGAUCCGCGACACACGGUGGUUCUGGCGCCGGUCUAAGACUCCUCUCCAGUGGCUCUUCUGCUUUCCCCUAGGCACGCGCCCUUCGGGGCGCGUCUUCUUCUGGUCAUACGUCUUCUACCUCUCCCGCUUCCUCCACCUUUUCCGUACCUACUUAAAGGUUCUCCGGCGGCGGAGGCUUGCCUUCUUUCAGGUGUUCAAUCAGUCGAUUCUCUUGUGCACGUCGUAUCUGUGGCUGGAGUUCUCGCAAUCGUUUCAAGUUUUGGCGAUACUGUCGAUGACGCUGGUUUACUCAAUGGUUUAUGGGUACCGAUUUUGGACAGCGAUUGGGCUGCCUAGCGCGUGCCCUCCAUUCGUUGUAAACUGUCAGAUGAUUCUGCUGGGAUGUAACCUGGUUUGGCAUUUUGGGGUGCUUUUUUUGCAUUUUCUGAAAGGUGGGUGCAAUGGCAUUGGUGCUUGCGUAUUCAAUUCCGUCCUCAAUGCUUUUAUUCUUUUGCUCUUCUUGAACUUCUAUGUCAAGAUGCAUUUGAGCAGAAGGGAGGAUGCUCCGCUUGUUCAACCCGAUUCUUCGUCAACCCGUCACCGCACCGGUUCAGAGAUGAUGGAGGAUCAGUUGACUGUAAAAGCAAAGAACGGUUGAGCAGCAUCCCCUGUUUUUUCCUUUUUCUUUUUUCUUUUCUCUUUUUUUUUCCCACUUUUUUAUUCUUUCUUUGGUUAUAAAUCCCUAAAACAGGGACAAAGUAACACCCCUUUUUUAAAAAAAAAUUAUGUAAAUGGCGGUGCUCUUGCCUUCUUCCUUUCAAAGGACAUAUAUAGUAUGUAUACAAGUUCUGUUGC